AUGGCCGACGAGCACCCGCCCCCGAACGGCGGCGGCGGUGGCGGCGAUGACAAUGGAGACAAGGAUGAGGACGACUUCCGCAAGAUAAUGCAACAGAUGUCACGGGGCGCUGCAGAAGGCGAAGAAGACCUCUUGGGUGGCAUCGCGGACCGACCGCUGGAUAUUGGCGAGAAGGCCGACGACGCAGUCGAUUACGAAGACAUCAGCGACGACGACCUGCCGGAGGAGGAGUUUGAGCUGGGUGAGGGUGCUGACAGCACUCAAAACUUCAGCGGCACUACCUUGCAGGAUUCUGGCGGAGUAGUUGACAACGAAGACGUGGACAUGGACGAUCUUUUUGGCGACAACAACGAUGAUAACGACGAUAACGACGAUCUCUUCGGCGACGACCCCAGUCACUCUGAUGCAGUGCAAGCAUCUACGCAACACGAGGACGAUCCUCUCACCUCCAUCGAAGAUCUAGUCCAGGAAGGCUUCAGCGCCGUCUCAAAGGAUAAGCCACAACCAGCUGCUCGCAACACCGCCCCCGAUGCUGCACAGCAAGAGGCAGAGGAGGAGGACCCUGAGGUGCGCGAGCAACUGGCUCUAUUCGCACAGUCUUCGCGCAAGAAAGACGAGCCAGCGGCUGCUCCAGUAAAGACAUCACGAGAGGAAUUUGAAAAGAUCUGGCCCAACUUCGAGGCGGACAAGCCACCACGCUUCUUCAGUCUGGUACCGCGAAAGCGCGCUUUCUACAUCCCCAAAGUUCCGCAAAAGACACCGAAACCUUUCCAGCUGAACAAGCUUACCCUGGACCUUGCGACGGAUCAAGAAAAGAGUUUCCGGUUACAGCCUACAACGGCCACCGCCAAAUCAGGUCGACAGCAGGAGGAGGAGCAGGGUGGUCUCAUUCAUAUUACGAACACUGCAGAAGAGGAUGGCGAUAGCGACGACCAGCUGGAACUCGACAACCUCGAUACUAUUGACGACCGUGAAAUCAUCGGCAACGUAUCGUGGAGUGACCUGAGGAUUGCCUGUGAAGACUGGGAUGUGCCAGAUGGUGCAAGCGACACAACUCUGUCCGACGAAAACCAGGCACCAACGCCACCUGAAAGCAAUGGUGGUAUCGACUCUGCACAACUGUCGCCAAACAAGAAGCGGAAACUCGGAAACCGUGACCAGCCUAUCCACUUCUCCGUCUAUGAUCACAUGGAGCUACCCACAUGGGACGAUCCCGAGCUCGAGACUGCACGACUGUCAAAGAAGAUUCUUCUCGACAUGAACGACCCACAUCUCCUACUUGAUGUACAGCAGCCCAGUGCAGAGCCACCGAAACCACGGACGUUAGGUCUGGGCCUCAAGCGCGAUAGCCGUGGAAGCCUUGCAAACCCCAUGUUCAAGCGCUACAACAUCUCCAAUGACGAGGCGUACGACGCGCUCAAGGAAAGCAGCCAGCAGAAGGUCCGUAGUACGAUCGGCCACAUGAAUGUUGAGCACAGCUUGCCCGCACUGAAGUUGCAAUAUCCUUUCUACAAGGUUGCACUGUCCGACCGCGAGCUCCGGUCUUUCCAUCGUCCUACCGUUACCUUCAAGCCUGGCGAGCGAGCAAGCAUCACGCCGCUCAAGUCGAUCAAAAGGAAGCACAAGAAAAACCUCAAGCCAUCCGAAGCCUUCGCUUCAGCCGAAGACCUCAACAUCGGUGACAACUCUGACCUGCUCCUUGCCGAGUAUUCCGAGGAGUAUCCCACUACCCUGUCCAACUUUGGUAUGGGCAUCAAGAUCCUCAACUACUACCGCCGGAAGGACAUGGAAGAUACCGCGCGACCGAAGCCGGAAGAUGGUAUCGGCGAGACCUCAGUGCUGCUACCGCAGGACAAGAGUCCAUUUUCACUGUUCGGCCAGGUCGAACCAGGCCAGCAAGUCUUGACACUCCACAACGCCAUGUACCGAGCUCCCGUGUUCAAGCAUAAGCCCGAACAGACCGAUUUCCUUGUGAGCAGAAGCUGGACCGGAGUUAAUGGCCCCAGGUACUACAUGCGAAACAUUCCGAAUCUCAUGGUCGUUGGCCAACAGUUUCCCUCUGUCGAAGUACCAGGUACACAUGCUCGUAAGGUUACAGAAGCUUCCAAGAAGCGACUCAAGAUGCUUGCGUUCCGACUGUACCGAAAGGGUCAACAGAAGAAUGCGCGUCAGCCUUGGGUUAGUAACGAGAUGAUCAAGCAGCAUUUGCCCGGUACCGAGAUUGCGCAGAAUCGUUCCCGAAUGCGGGAAAUCAUGAAGUACCAGAAGGACAUUGGUACGUGGGAACCGGUACCAGGCGAGACUGUUCCUGAAGAGCCGAUUCUACGCACUUGGAUCAAACCAGAAGAUGUCUGUUUGAUUGACUCCAUGCAUGCUGGUGACAAGCAGCUUCAAGAUGCCGGUAUCAAGUCGAAUGAGAUCCGUGAUGACGAAGAAGAGGCUGACAACGAGAACGCUGAUGUCAAGCUGGCGCCCUGGAACACAACGAAGAACUUCCUCAAUGCCUGCGCUGGCAAGGCUAUGUUGGAGCUCCACGGUGAUGGUGAUCCUACGGGUCAAGGCCUAGGUUUCAGCUUCAUCAAGGUCUCAAUGAAGGGUGGUUUCAGAGACGUUGGUGAGAGUGCGGCUGAUCGUCUUGAUAACAAAAAGAUGAAGGAGCUUGGCGGUCACAGCUACAACGUCCAGCGUCAGCAAGUCAUGUACGAGAAUGCCAUCAAGCGUAUCUGGAACAAGCAAAAGGAGAGUUUAUCUGCCCAGAACCCGCCUUCUGACACUGAAGACGACGUCGACUCUGCUGUCAACCACACCAACCACAGCCGCCAACGUUCCGAACUAGGUACUCCGGCCAUACGACCUGACGACGAGACCAUGUCCCAGAUGUCCCGCAAUAGUAAUGCGGAUAAUCGUGGCAAGAAGCUCAAGAUCACACGUACUAUCAAGAACAAAUACAACGAGUUCGAGGAUGUUACGGAGAUAAUCACCGAUCCCGCUGUCAUCCAGCUCUACAUUAAGCACAAGCGGCAGGAGCGUCUACUCAACAUGCGCAUCGAGGACAUCAAGCCGACCGGUGAUCCCGAAGUGGAUAAGGCCCAACAGAUCAAACUGAAGGCCGAAUUGGCACGUUUAGCUCGCAAUAUAGAGCGUCGCGAGGGUCGUGAAAAGGCAAAGGGUAUGCACAAGUCGCAGACCGGAGAUGGUGGUGCAACCGGUGGACCAGGCAAAGGCGGAGCAACACCUCGCAAGUGCGCAAACUGCGGCGAGGUGGGCCACAUCAAGACAAACAAGAAGUAA